CAACAGUGGAAGUUUUUUUCCAUAUUGAUUAGUUAUGUCGCUUUUGUUGUUUACCCAUUAAUUUUCCUAAAAUUGUGUUGAAAUUAGAAAAUAUAUAAUUAAAAAAAACACGUGAAAACGUUCGAGAACAGUGUAUCAUACGCGGCUUUUCUAUAUUUUCCAAGCUGACGACGAACUGCACGAUUGGUAAGACAGUCGUGAAGCAACCCCAGAUGUCCACUGGAGUGGGAGGCGGAGGAAGCAGCAUCACUACUGACCACAGCCGAUUAUAUUUCCUCAAUUCGCCAUCAACACCGCUUUCCGCGCGCGAUCCAUUUUUUAUCAAGCCGGAAUACCUCAAUUAUGAAAAUCCCAUGCACCACCUCUACCCUAGUAACAGGGGCUUAAUCGACUACAACAACUAUACAAGCGCUGCAGUAGCAGCGGCCAGUGGUAGCGGUAGUACAUCGACAAACGCAGUUGCAGCUGUCGCCGCCCUAAAUUUAGAAAAUAAUUUCCAGCAACCUCAAUCACAACAAUCGUCAUCUUCGUCAUCACAACAACAGCAGCAAACACCCACAUCGACGAGUCAAAACCAAACACAGCAAAGUCAACAGCAUCCUUUACAUCUACACCUCAGCACACCGCCAUCGACUCGAGCGCAAAAAGCAGCCCGUCGACGUAGCAACGAAUCUGUGGAGGCCCGUCAGAGACGACUAGCACGUAACGCCGCCCGAAUGCGAGAAAAGCGAUCCAAAGAAAGUGAGGAAGAAUAUCGAAUCCGGCUGGCGAAAAAUGCGGAAGCGAACCGUGUACGACGUCAGAAUGAAAAUGAAGUACAAAGAACCCUAAGACUGAUGAAAAAUGCCGCCAGACAGCGACUGCGGCGCGCUGGUGAGACGCCGGAGGAACGCAAAAAGCGUUUGGCCAAGGCCGCCGAACGCAUGCGAGUUGCGCGAGCAAAUGCGCCGAAAGUGUAUAAGCCUCCACUGGAGGAUCGCCUUAAGGGUUACUAAAUACGCAUAUAUAAAUACUUGUACGUCAACAGGCAGCAUCAAAUCUAUCUCAUAAUGGACAAAAAGAAGACGUAUGGUAUUGAUGUUAUGCACCAUGAACCAUUAUUAAUGACGCAACAAAUACAACAAUAACCGUUAAUAAAGAAGUAGCAACACAAAAACUCAGCUGGAUAGUAGGAAAAAAAAAAACAAAAAUAUAAUGCGAACAAGAAUGUUUUGAACAGAUGAAAGGUUUUAGUCGCACACGCAUUGGUUUAAGCUCAGGAAACUUGGCUUUCAUUGCGCGAUCGUAUCAUCAAAGGG